GAAAAUUAAAUAUAUAAAAAAAAAAAAUGAAGAUGUAAAGCACUGGUGCACUGAAACCAGUCGCGGCUGGUUCACAUUCCGGUGAAGAGACCUCGCCGCGAAAUGGGUUCUUGUAGUCUCCAAGCUGCUUCUGCCUCCGACCUGAAGUCACUCCGUAAAACUGCGAUCUCUGAAAUAUAUGGCAUGAAUAAGCCGAGGCUGACCAUAUCCAUCCCAAAACCUAGCUCGAGAUCUAUGCAUCUAUCCGUCCAGUGCGCAGUUCGUUUUCGGCCUUGCAUCGAUAUACACAAAGGAAAAGUGAAACAGAUUGUUGGGUCUACUCUUCGGGACUUAAGGGACUGUGGGUCAGCACUCAUAACCAAUUUCGAAUCAGACAAGUCUGCAGCAGAAUUUGCAAAUUUGUAUAAAGAAGAUGGACUUGUGGGUGGUCAUGUAAUAAUGCUUGGGGCAGAUCCUUUGAGCACGUCUGUAGCCAUUGAAGCAUUACAUGCCUAUCCUGGCGGUUUGCAAGUUGGAGGUGGGAUUAACUUAGAGAAUGCUUUGAGUUAUAUAGAGGAAGGAGCCAGCCAUGUCAUUGUCACAUCUUAUGUAUUCAACAAUGGGCAGAUGGACCUUGAAAGGCUGAAGGAUAUUGUGCAUCUUGUUGGAAAGCAGAGGCUGGUCUUGGAUCUUAGCUGCAGAAAGAAGGAAGGUAAAUAUGCAAUUGUCACUGACAGAUGGCAGAAGUUCAGUGAUGUAUAUCUUGAUGAGAAAAUUCUAGAAUUUCUUGCCAUCUAUGCCGAUGAGUUUCUGAUUCAUGGCGUCGAUGUUGAAGGGAAAAAGCUUGGAAUUGAUGAGGAGCUUGUGGCAUUGCUUGGGAGGCACUCUUCAGUAUGUAACAUUAUUUUUCUGUAUCUAAGUUUUUGUUUCAUUUCCAGGUUUAUUUCUGAGACCAUCAUUGUACCUUUCUUGCUUCUUCAACUCCAUAUUUUGCUCCCAAAUGCUCAGGGCAUCAAUUGCUUUACAAUUGCAGCCCCAUUGGGUCAAUGCUGUAAAUAUUCAUUUUACUAACUGGAUUUUCUUCCCAGUCUUGUUGAUUAGAAAUAGUUUUUCAAGAAACCUGCUUAGACAAUGACUCAUGGAGGUGUAUGAGUGGAAAUCAUUUUGUGUGUAUAUAUGAUCUUAUGGUUAUAUUCCUAUUUCUUAGGUCCUACCCAAGACCCAGUAAUUAAGUGAAGUUUUUUUUUUAUCAUUUAAGUGUCGUCCCUCACCUCUGAAUUCUUCAUAUGCUAUGUGCAUCGUUGAUGUAAAAUCAGAUCUGUAAGUCUUAUGCAUGGCUUCAAGCCGUUCGGAUAAUUUUCUAGUAGGUUGCAUUUGGAAUAGAUAAACUUCCCAAUAUUAUUUUAGAAAUCAGUGCUUGCAGCUUGUGCAGGAUCAUAACUCCCCAUGAUGAAACUGUGUUCUUGAUAUUGUGAUGCAUUCAGCUGGCAAUCCAUUUCACAAAUUGUUAAUAUGCUGCCAUUUGGGUGUCAGAUUCCAGUGACUUAUGCUGGUGGUGUUACAGUAAUGGCGGAUUUAGAGAGGAUAAAGGUGGCUGGGAAUGGACGCGUGGAUGUUACCAUCGGGAGUGCCUUGGAUAUCUUUGGCGGUAACUUGGCAUACAAAGACAUUGUUGCUUGGCAUGCGCAGCAAGAGGCCUUAGUUGUCUAGCCUUUUGCAACUCCAUUGUUUUGUUUGUAUGCUAUCAUAUCUAGUUUUAGCUCGCAUUUCAGUUGUUUUUGUGACAACUGAUACUAUAUUUUCAAUUUUUUUUUUUUGAUUGCUAGAACUUCUUGUCAGAACCUUAUAUUAUCCUAGUUCAGUACUCAGAAAUCAUAUUAACCACAGGAAUAGAGCAGGUGUGACACUAAACCCCAGAAGUUGUAGCACCUACAAUGGCCAUUUAGGGCCAAAUGUCGAUCAUUUUUCCUUUUUUGGAGUCUCAUGGAUCUUGAUUGCAAAGAGAGAUGUUGAGUUAUGCAAUCUUCUUUGUUCAAA